UAGGGACCGUCCUGAGCUGAACUCAACCUUACAAAUAGGAGCUGCGGUAUUCCAAGUGGAGCAGAGUGAAGGUGCGCCACGCCGAUGGUAAUAUUAAGUAACAGCGGUGAGUGGAUCUGCAGUGUUAACAAGGAGAGGGAGGCAGAGAAAAGCGCUUCUUCCUGAACAGGACAUCAAGACGUUUAGAGACUCCGCACCGACGGACAAAACUGAUCAUUCUGCAGAGGUGGCACUGUUGCUGCAUCCUCACCUCCCAUAGAUCCUGAGAGCACAGUGAGCACUCGGCACCACACAGCAGCACCCUCCACUCUUGGCAACCAGGGAAGACUCAUUCGACCCCUGACAGACGUGAUGUUUGAGGAGGAGUCCGAGCAGAUGAGGGGGCAGCAGGAUGUGGCUGUGCUCCAGGCUCUUGACUCACCUACAGCAGUGACACCAGGUGGAGGAGGAGCAGGAGCAGGUCCUCUGUCCUUCACAGAUGAAGCUGUGUCCAUCCUGACCUCCAGCAGUUUGUUGGCACGUUCCCUACUGGGCCGCACCUCUUCUGUCAAGCGCAAAGAGAGUCCUUCUUCCAGCAUCCGACGCAAGCGCGAGUUCAUCCCUCUUGACAAAAAGGAUGAGGGCUACUGGGACAAGAGGAGGAAGAACAACGAGGCAGCUAAACGCUCACGAGAGAAGAGACGUGUGAACGAUAUGGUCCUGGAGAGCCGCGUCCUGGCUCUGCUGGAGGAAAAUGCUCGUCUCAGGGCGGAGCUGUUGGCUCUGAAGUUCCGUUUUGGCAUGGUCAAAGACCCCUCCAACACCCCUAUUCUGCCCCUCGCUACUGCUCCUCACCACACUGCUCAAACCUUGACUCCUCAGUAUUAUCUCCACAGAGGGGAUGGAGGCCCCAGUUCCUCAGCCUCACAUCCCAGCAACCAGACAGGCCAGUUGAAUACCAGAGGCUCCAGGGAUGCUGGUAACAUGUCGGAGGAUUCAGGGUUCUCUACGCCAGGUGGGUCCAGCGUGGGCAGUCCUAUCUUUUUUGAAGACCGGCUGAGCGACCAUGGGAAAUUAUCUCCCCACAGAGCAGAGGAGCUGAGCUAUGACCUCCACCACUCCCCUGCCGAUGCCCACCACACUGCAGGACCGAAGUUGGACCAAGCUGAGGGGAUGAAAAACCUUCCCUACAAGCUACGUUUCAAGACGUCCAGCAGCGGAGACGCAGGUGAAGCUGCAGGGGACAACAACAGCGCCAGACGCAGCCCCACGCCAUCCACGGCAGGACGGGAAGGUCUGAGAGAAGCCCCUAAAGGACUGAGUGGGGGUGAAAUGGGUGCAGGGCACUGCACUGGCACAUGGCUCCAGCAGCUGGAGGGGGAGGAAGGCAGGAGGGGGAGGCAGUCUCCUCAAUACAACGCAUCAGCAGCAAGCUACAUCCUCCAGCCUCCUUCGACGCAGGGACAAACUGAGGUCCAGUAUAAGCAUGAGAACACUCACCUGAAGUCUCAGCUCAACUCUCUGAGCGAGGAGGUGGCACAGCUGAAGAAGCUUUUUACACAGCAGCUCAUGGCCAAAGUCAACUGAGGACCAGCGCCGUGAGUCAGUUACUGUUUGCCGAUGUCUAGACAAGUCUUGCUGUAUGCGAGUCUUGAAAUUCAGGAGUGCCGGACCAUGCCGAAGUUCACAAAGACUGAUAAAACUCAACUCUCACGUCUAACAAACAUUCAACAGUGCGUUGUUUUUAUUUCAAAUACUGUAAUAUAUUGUAAUAAAUGUCUCUAAACAUUCAUCUCAUAGGCCGCUGUUCAACAAAGACUCAGCUCCAAUCAAUGUUUCUCAGACAGGGAGUCUUAUCUGUAAUAGUGUUAAGUGUGUAAGAGUUUUCUCUGUCCCACACCCUGUGAUAACUAAUAACACCCAACAUAAAACUGUUUACAUCGCAUCAUGACAAUGCAAGCUUAACUCCACCACCUCACACCAUUAAAAGAGACAACAACAGGUUUUGGUGGUUCUGAAGCCACAUUCAGUUCAGAUGGAAGUCAGCCAGCGGGUUGUUAACACACUGAGAAGUGGGAAGUGUUUGCAGUUUUGUGGUCAGUGUGAUAUGACUUACCGAGGAUGUUUCCCACCGCUGACAGGUCUGCUGUAAACACAAGCAGAGACAGACAGUAAAUAAGUCCUCCAACAAAACCUCCAUUGGGCUUCAAGGCUAAAAGAAAAAAAGUUUGUUCUGAAUCUGUUUGCUCGCACAAAACCCAUUAGACUUUAGAUUUUUCAGCACUUGUUCUGUGUCACACAGUCAUAGCAAGGAGAUCCUUUUCUGAAAGACACUGUAACAUGUACUGUUCAUGCCCAGUUUGUAUACAUUUUAUUACUGUCAUGUUAUCUGUAGGUAAUGUUCUGUACAUUUUCAUAUUCUAAAUAAAUACAUUUGACAGUUUAAA